GUGAGCCUGCGCGACAUGUCCUGUGGAGCUGCCCUCGACACCCAAGUACCCAUGGCCCACGGCAUAACGUCAACAGACCUCUUGCACGGAACGAAGCACGGUGCGCUAUCUAGGCUUCUGCCUCGCGUUCACAUCUGGUAGCAACUCUGGCAGGGUUGGGCGUCGGGCACCGCGGAACACAUCGCCAAAUUGCACAUUGCAGCACCCACGAGCAUGAAGACGGCGUACGCUUACUCCACCCCGUUCCUCACGCUCUGACAUGUCGGCAGGUGACCCUCAUCUGGAACCUCCAGUUUGCCAGGUAGAUCGUCACCUAAAGGAAGUUCAUUAACCUACCUUGAUAUGUUCUUCAGUUCUGCAACGCGCCCGAAACGAGGCAGGCUCAGGGUUUCUCACAGCGCUGCGGCACCAUUUUGUGCCUAGGGUCACCGUGCUCAAAUAGCUCAAGCUUGAAGACGGCAGACACAGGAGGAUUGCCACCUCCCGUGUGCUGGCAUACGGUGCUACCCUUCGCCCCUUCUCCGCGACACUUCCACUGUGACACCACCUUGCACUCGGAGUCUUCGCUUUCGACUCUUCCUUAUUCCGCUCCAAUUUUUUUUCGGGAAUGUCGAGAAUGGAAGAGAACUCACACCGCUGGUCCGAGGUUAUCCCGCCGCAUACGGCGCUCAGCUUUGCGGCCUUUUGGGAUCCCGAAGAGGGUCUCGUCACCUUUUCCGGCGGCGAGCUGCUGAACGCAGAUCUCGAAGACUUGCCCAGUCUGCGAGAUAUGCCCCUGGACGCGACCGAGGCUCGCUCACAGAUUAUCACCCUCGAUGGGCUCUCGCUCGCGCUCUCCAGCAUGAUGCUCGACACGGCGGGCCUGCCGCGGGCCAACCGCGUCCAAUUCUCCGCCAAUGCACUCGACGAGGGACAAUCAAUGCUAGACCCUUACAUGCGCUACCUCGAGGCACGGCGAAAAGAGGCUGUGCGCCUUGCCGAGGAAAAGGCGCGGCGGCGGAAGCAGAGAAUCGUGCCGCUCGACUGGGCCCAGUUGCGGAACCGCAUCUUGCGGCCGUUCAGCAGCAGUGCACACGACGGCGAGAGCGAGGUCACGUGCGACGGCAUUUUCGAAGAGGCGCCCAGAACGGCGUGCACGACCACGAGCGCGCCCAUGCUCGUGCAUCUCAACCUGAAAUCCGCGUUUUCAAUGACGACGACCUCGACCACGGGCUACGUCGACGUCGACACGCCCUCCGUCUACUCCCAAGACGACUCCUCCGAGGCCUGGUCGACGCUCCACGAGCCCGCCCCGCACACCUGUCCGAACCGGCCGGCAGACACGCGGCGCCGCCUGCGCAAGCAGCGGCCGCCGGGACCGCUGCCCGGCGACUCUGCCCCCGCGAGCCCCGACGAGGUGCUCGCGCGGCCGGCGUACAACCACAUGACGGGCCUCGCAGAGGGGGGCGGCACACCGACGGGCCCCGCAGAGUCUCUCGCGCGAGGCGUGCGCCGGCUGCGCUCGCUGCCCAGGAUAUCGACGAAGGUCCCGCGCGGCGCCGAGCCGUCCCCGACGACGUCCGCGAGCGACUCGACGACGGUAGUGCCCUUUCCGCCUAUGCCACCCCUGCCACCGGUGUCGCCCCUGUCGCCCGGGAGCCCGGCGCGCACGCACAGCGGCGAGAAGACGACGACGCUGCGGACGCUCCGGAAGCCGCGGUCGGUCACGAAGCUCGUGCGCGAGGGCGUCGAGCGGUUGCGGUGCCACGGGAGGACCUCCGUCAGCAGCUGGCGGACGGACGAGUGGGAGAACAUCUUCGUAUAGCGGAGCGGGCGCGGGUGCGCCUCGCGCUGUGGACGAUAUUAAUUUUUUUCUUCUUUUUUUCUUGCGCCUCGCCGGUCCAUCGAGGUGCAUGCACGGACACUCGCUCAGGUGACGGCUGCCCGAAUUUGUAGUGUCGCGGCUCGAGGACGCACGCCGUGCCGGCUCCGCCCCUUUCUCACCUAGAAUGAACGAUGCGGUCGAUGUUUUGCAAUCCCCGUCUUUCUUUGCACGCCCUUCGCCUUCUUCUGCCCUUCGUCUCCUUCUGCCCUUCUCUUGGGAGACUAGAAGAUCCUCCUUCCGAGCUUCUUUUCAUAUUCCUGGUGACGCAGCACGCUUCGCGUCAGGCCUGGCCUGUUUGUAUACGACCGCACGACGAGCACGAGAAUUGUAUAUCACGAGCACUGUGUAUAUCAC